CAAAUCUGCCGGAUUUCCCCCCAUCGGGAGUCACGUCCCAGCACCGCGGGCUCGCGUGGCUCCCUGAGCCCUUAAACCGGGGCCGUGACUGAAAUAAUCCCAUCUCCCGUGUCCCUGCGCAUCUGCUCCCUGGCACUGGCGGCAGGGACAUCAUCUCCCGGGGGACGGCGGCUCCGGACGCGCGUUUGGGCUGUGCGUGCGGGGAUCGGCCAUAAUCCGACCCUCCGCGGAACCCUCCUCAUCUGCUUCCCACCUCCUGGAAAGGUACCUCCGCCUGGAGCCGGAGGAUGCUCUCCCGCCCGGCUGCCUCGCCGCUCCAUCCCUUGUCACUCCGCGGGAAUGUUGCUGGGUUUAUUUGUUAUUUUCCCCCCUGUGCGGCAGCAGGAAUCAGGGCAACCGGGGAGGAGGAGGAGGAGGAGGAGGCGGCAGGGAGCUAUUUCAGGGAGCUGCUGUUAUCUGCUCCGCGUUAAUCCCCGGCUGGUGGGGGGAAGGCUUUCCCUGAGCGCUUUCCUGGGAGGGCACGUAUUAAACAUUGAAAAGCAAAGCGAGGAAGAAGAGGAUUAGCGGGAGAGAGAGGAAGCUGGUGCUAGCUUUGCUCGGGUUAUCCAUCUGCUCCGCUUUUAUGGAUGCAGCAGCAUAUUUGUCUGCCGAGGUGCUUUUGCAUCACCCUGGAAGUCCCCUCGCUCCCAGUUGUGCCGUAGCUGAGCUGUUGGGAUAAUGGAGCUCAGGGCUGUGGUCACCACGCUGGAAAGCGGGGAGCAGGACACGGUUCUCAAGGUGCUCCAGGUCUACAACCAGGAGAAGUCUCAGUGCUUCACCUUCGAGGAUGAGGAGCGGGAGGAGAGGAAGAAAAUGGCCCAGCUGCUGAUCAAGUUCCUGGAGAGGGAGCUGCAGCCGUCCUGCCAGGUCACCUGCCUGGAGAGCAUCCGCAUCCUGUCCCGGGACAAGCACUGCCUCGGCCCUUUCGCCACCGAGGAAGGCCUGAAGACCCUCUCCAGGCACGCCGGCAUCGACUACUCGGAGGAGCUCAUCCGGGAGGUCCCGGACUUGGACGUGAUCCUGGAAUCCCUCAAAUGCCUGUGCAACAUCGUGUUCAGCAGCCCGCGGGCGCAGGAGCUGACGGCCGAGGCCCGGCUGGUGGUGGGGCUGGCGCGGCGCAUCAAGCUCUACAACGAGCGGAGCCUCCCUCACGACGUCAAGUUCUUCGACCUGCGCCUGCUGUUCCUGCUGACGGCCCUGAGGGUGGACAUCCGGCAGCAGCUCGCCCAGGAGCUGCGGGGGGUCAGCCUGAUGGCAGACACCCUGGAGCUGACGCUCGGCGUGAAGUGGUUGGACCCCUACGAAGUCGCCGGCGAGGAGGGGCUUCUCCCGCCUUUGCCCCGGCAGGAGACGGAGCGAGCCAUGGAGAUCCUCAAAGUGCUCUUCAACAUCACCUUUGAUUCCAGCAAGAGGGAAGUGGACGAGGAAGAUGCUGCUCUGUACCGGCACUUGGGUGCCCUCCUGCGCCACUGCCUCAUGAUCUCGGCCGACGGCGAGGACAGGACUGAGGAGUUCCACAGCCACACAGUCAACCUGCUGGGCAACCUGCCCCUCAAGUGUCUGGAUGUGCUCCUGACCCCCAAAGUGCGACCGGGCUCGCUGGAGUACAUGGGUGUCAACAUGGAUGCAGUCAGCAUCCUCCUGGAUUUCCUGGAGCGCCGCCUGGACAGGGGCCACAAGCUGAAGGAGAGCCUGACCCCUGUGCUGAACCUGCUGACGGAGAGUGCCCGUGUCCACCGCCAGACCAGGAAGUUCCUGAAGGCCAGGGUGCUGCCGCCGCUGCGGGACGUGCGGAACCGGCCGGAGGUGGGGAAUUCCCUGCGGAACAAGCUGGUGAGGCUCAUGACCCACAUCGACACCGACGUCAAGCACUGCGCCGCCGAGUUCCUCUUCGUGCUCUGCAAGGAGAGCGUGUCCCGGUUUGUGAAGUACACGGGGUACGGGAACGCUGCGGGGCUGCUGGCGGCGCGGGGCCUCAUGGCCGGCGGCCGGGAAGAGGGGGAGUACUCGGAGGAUGAAGACACGGACACGGAGGAGUACAAAGAGGCAAAGCCCAACAUCAACCCCGUGACGGGCCGUGUGGAGGAGAAGCUUCCCAACCCCAUGGAAGGGAUGACAGAGGAGCAGAAGGAGCACGAAGCCAUGAAGUUGGUCAAUAUGUUCGACAAGUUGUCCAGGGAGAAGGUGAUCCAGCCCAUGGGCAUCACUCCGAGCGGAAACCUGGCGCCCAUGGAAAACGCCAUCCGCAGCAUGGCCGACGAGCGCUCGUCGUCCGACUCGGACCUGGGGCUGGACUGACCCGGCUCCUGCCCCAGCCACGGAGAGCUGGGCUCCAGCCACUCUCCCUCGGGAACUGGUGCUGCACCCAGAGGCUGGCACUGGGCCAGGACUCUCCCUGCAGGAUCCGUAUCCAGCCUGGAUCCCUCACAGCCCACCACACGGAACACCUGCCUCCUUCCCAGCUCCAUAGCCACCUCUCCUUCCAGAGGUCUCCGUGGCCUGGCUCCACCUUGAUCUCUCCUGUCGGCAGCCUUCAGGAUUUCACACUCCAAAUCGCUUCCGGGACUUUCCAGUAGGAUUUUUUGAUUUAAAUGCGUGCUGUUUGGGAAGAAGUGUCAGGGAGAGGCUCUUCCUGCCGCUCCAUCAGGGUCUGUCAAUCCACGGAGCCUCCUGCGUGUGCCCGGCCCCACAGUGGGGGGCUGCUCCCUGGGAAUGCUGUGGGAAGGGGGGGUCUGCUGGAGAGGGGUGUGGGCCAUGAAUCACAGCAGCUCCUGGGGAGUGGGAUCCGCAGGGUGUGGUGCAGGAGGCUGUGUCCGAGUGCACCGGUGUCCGUGUGCACCUGGAGCCCGUGGGCGGACAGAGGGAAACUGAGCGAGGCCUUUGAGGAAGCUUCCAGCAUCCCACUGGCCACGGGAGAGAGCGUGUGGGUGGCUGCUGGGAAUGCUCUGAUGGCCCUUCCCUGGCACUGGGCACUGUCCCUGUCACCAGCCAGCUGGGUUUGGGCAUUCGCCUCUCCCCAAAUCCCACUUUCCAAAGGAAAGGCCAACACCUGUGCUCCGUCCUUCGCUCCUCCUCGCUGUCCCCGGGUCUCUCUGUGCCCCAGGGGCCGCUCUCAGGCCUGGUGUAGAUUUGUCUUUAUUUUUACUUCUGUUUUCUUUUGAAAGAAAACCUUCCCGUUCGUCUCAUGUACCCCAGUUCCCAAAUGUCCUGUCACGAGUAGGAAUGCACAAGUGACGCUUGAAUAAAGCCAACCUGACACGU